ACACUGAGAAGAAGCUGUCGGCGCUGAUUGUCUUCUGCCCGACAAACGGGAAGAAUGUACCAUCGGCGGUGGAGAACAAUCUUCUCAGCAAUGACCACGGGUUAAUAUUAGUUGAUUUCUUUACCGUGAAAUCACAGAUUUAUCGGAGCUAGUAUGUUCAUAGUCACAACCCAAUUAGCAGUAGAAACAGAGGCAACACCAGAUAAAGAGAAGAUGAAAAGGAGAGAGAUACUGGAAAAGAAGAAAGCAAUUGGUGAAAUUAUCAGAGCUGCUUCUGCUUUCGAUAAUGACCAUCUCUCUGCUUUUCCAACCUUUUGCCAUUACCAUAGAAAUGGCCUCUCUGUAUACUUGAAGUCAGGACGUGGGGAUAAGCUCUCAUCUCAAUUGAAGCAAUACAUUCAAAAUCUCCUUAAGAUCAAUAUGGAAGGCCCAUAUGGAUCUGACUGGCCAGCAGAAGAAAAGGUGAAGCGCAAGGAAAUGGUUGCUCCAGAGGCAUGUUAUAUAUUUGCACGUGAGGCUCCUGAUGCAGUCACUAAUCGGAGUGAUGAAUUGGUGGAGGGGGAAAGGAAUACUCAUGUGGUAGAUGAUGGUGGCCCCAUUGUCGGGUUUGUACAUUACCGCUUUACCAUAGAGGAAGCAAUUCCUGUUCUUUAUGUGUAUGAAUUACAGCUAGAGCCUCGUGUCCAAGGAAAAGGACUAGGAAAAUUUUUAAUGCAACUGAUGGAACUUAUUGCUUGCAAGAGCUGCAUGGGUGCUGUGGUGCUUACUGUGCAAAAAGCAAACUUGUCAGCAAUGGAUUUUUAUAGAAGUAAAUUAAGGUACUCUAUAUCUGCUGUUUCACCUUCUAGGGUCCAUCCAUUGAUCGGACUAGAGCAGAAGUAUGAGAUUCUUUGUAAAGCAUUUGAUCAUGAAGCUAAAGAAGUAUUGGAGUAAAGCAGCAGGUGAAUUGAAGGAAAAUGACUGUUAGGCAUUCUGAACGAGAGGUGUUUGAGGUUUGCUAUGAUUUGACCUUGUCAUUAUUAUUAUGUUGAAUGAUUUCGUGAGCUGCCUGAUAAAUAUUAUCUUUUGAACCUGGGUUAACAGCUUGAAUUUUAGAAUUAGAAUUUUUUUAUGGUACUUCCUCUGUUGUCCAUCACUGUAUUGAUCUUGGUUGUUUAUGUAUAUUAAGACCUAUAAUAAACUCGAGAGUGGGCAUCAAGGGUCCGAAUUGCACAGUCUAUCUGCAUAUGGGAUAGGAUCGUGUACAUCUGACUCUCUCCAGACUCACUAGUGGUGAGAGUUCCAUGGACUAGUCCACCGUUUUUUUUGUAAAGCUCUAUAAUCAACUGACAACCCUCACCUAGUUGGCUAGUCUAGGAAUUUGGCUCCAUGAUGUGCAUCUGAUCUCUCAGUUUUUGUACUCUAAAAGUUAGUAUAUUGAACUUUAGUUUUUCUUUUUGUUUUUUUUUAUUCUUU